CCGCUUCUGUUUCCAGGAGCCGGUGUCUGGCCGAGGCAUCGGUGUGUGUUUCUCUCCCUUUGUGCUCCGCGCGUCUUCAUUUCACUCCUCUGUUUACAAAUAUUACAAGGAACGGUGGUUUUGCGUUGAAGAAUUCACAACUCGRUUUUAUUUUUUAUUUUUAUUGUUUGGCUGCUGUUUCACCCGGAACCACAACAACGACGCGGGAUUGUCUUUUUCUGUCUGGAUGAAAGGAUUCCUGCCGCAUUUUCGUCCUUCCUCCAACGUGGACUUUUCCACCAGAGUCACGCUGUCGGAAUAAAAAAAAAGCCACACGGAACCGGAGAAAGGACCGACUGUUUGCCUUUUUUUGUGUGUGGAUUAAAGGAAUGCUGCUGUCGAAGCUGGCCCACAUCUCCGCCGUAGAUAUGCCGGCGAAAAUCCAGCUCCAGGUUCAACAAGUGAAGGAGAAGGAGCCCUUUGAGAAGCUUUAUCAGGUCGGCGCCGUGAUGGGCAGCGGCGGCUUCGGCACCGUCUACUCCGGUACGAGGACAUCCGACGGAGCUCCGGUCGCUGUCAAACAUGUCGCGAAGGACAGAGUCACGGAGUGGGGAGAGCUGCCCAGCGGCGCCCGGGUGCCUAUGGAGGUCGUGCUGCUGAGGAAAGUGGGAACGGGCUUCCGCGGCGUCAUCAAGAUGCUGGACUGGUUCGAGCGGCCCGACAGCUUCAUCAUCGUGAUGGAGAGGCCCGAGAACGUCAAGGACCUGUUCGACUUCAUCACGGAGCGGGGCGCCCUGCCCGAGGAGCUGGCGCGGAGCUUCUUCCGCCAGGUGCUGGAGGCCGUGCGGCACUGCCACGGCUGCGGCGUGGUGCACCGGGACAUCAAGGACGAAAACAUCCUCAUCGACCUCCGCACCGGCGAGAUGAAGCUCAUCGACUUCGGCUCCGGAGCCCUGCUCAAAGACACCGUUUACACCGACUUUGAUGGCACAAGAGUGUACAGUCCACCCGAGUGGAUCAAAUAUCACCGCUAUCACGGGCGCUCCGCCACAGUGUGGUCCCUGGGCGUCCUGCUGUACGACAUGGUGUGCGGGGACAUCCCCUUUGAGCACGACGAAGAGAUCGUGAAGGCUCAGGUUCUUUUCCGUAGGAGGGUUUCAGCAGAAUGCCAGCAGCUGAUUAAGUGGUGUUUGUCCCUGAGGCCCGCCGACCGCCCGUCCCUCGACGACAUCCUCAACCACUCGUGGAUGCAGAACACGGCCCCCUCGGUGGUGCCGGCCACCGUGCAGACGGGCGCCGUGCAGGCCGAGAAGACCACGGCGGAGAUCCGGCUGCACAGCAUCGGCCUCGAGCCCGCCGCCUUCACGCCCACCCCCGUGGCCGUGGCUCGGUGAUGGCAGCGAACCGGACUGUGCUGAUUCAAAGAGACUAUUGCAAAAAGGAAAAAAUGAAAAUGUAAUAGACUUUUUAAGCAUAGAGAGGGAAAACCGUAGAAUGUGUGCGAGACCACACGUUCCAGUGGGGGCCGCGGCGGACCGCCACCCUGUGGUUUUCUGGUUUUAGCCUCUCCAACUCAGCUGCUUGAUGCUGAUCAGCUGCUGACAGCGCCACGGUACCGUCCUCGCCGGACUCGGACGGGGUCCGCGGGUGUUCCUCGAUCCGUGUGAGAGGGCGAGCGCCUGCGCCGAGCGUGCUGGCGUUAGCGGGCGGUCCCGAGUGACGUAACGACAUCCUGCUCUCUUCCUGUAGCUCUGAAGAGCCGAGGUGUUUGUUAAAAAAACAAAAAGUGCCUUCUGUGAAACUGUUUAGGUGGGGAACCUGAAAAUACUUGAAUUUGUUGUUGUUGUUUUUUUCGCGCUCUCGAACACGACUUUUUUUGUUGUUGUUGUUGUUGUUGACCGUUCUUUCCUCUCGCGGGCCUAGAUCAGUAAAGCCCACGCCACUCACAACCACUACCAUCACCACUACUCUUAAUGUCAUUAGCAAACAGACGACCUCAUAGCUCCGGCAGCGACUCGUGCAGACAAAUCGUUCAAAACAAGAGAGAAACACUGGACUUACCUCAGUCUAUUUGCUUUUAGCAUCACCUCUACUCUACGACCUGUUCUCCUACUCAUUCACGUCAACCUGAACGCAACACAGCAAUGCAAACGUGAAACACACGAAACAUCCUCUGCUCUUUGAAAAACGCUUCUUUUUCACCGUUUUUUAAACCGUGCCUCACACAGGUCUUAAAUAAAACACGGGCGACAAGAAUUGUAAAUAAGAAAGAUAUUUAUUAAAGCUGUGACUCUGAUCUCACAGGCAAUGAGUUUUGUUUUUGUUUUUUUUUGCAGAGUUUAUUUAUUUAUUUAUGAGAGAAUAUUUGGCUGUUUAUGAAUGUCUAUAUUUCAUUCCACAGUCACUGAAGGACCCGCAGAUUAUUUAAGACAAAAGCAAAAGUGGAUUUUUUUUUUAACCAUAUUUAUGGCUUGAUUUGUUUUUCUUUAAAGAGCAAGAUGUGUGUGUUUGUGUAAAUAAAGUGUAAAUAGUCCCAAAGCACUUCUGUCUCGAUGUAUGUAAACAUCUAACGUCUACUGAUGGUAACUGGUGUCGUGCUGUCUUCUGAAUGGUGUGUGUGUGUGUGUGGUGUGUGUGUGUGUGCGCGUGCGUGCGCGUGCGUGCGCUGCAUGACCGCAGCUUGGAUUGUCAUUUUUUGUUUCAUUCACUGUGUUAGAAACUAUUUUUUUAUGAUUUGAAUAAAUAUUUUUUUAAACUGAA